ACCACCUCGACCGCGACAAAAAUUGCAUAAAUGGCAAUUAGCCGGCUCGAGGACUCUAGAUAGGGCUCGCGGUUGAUAUUCAUGUGGGCUGCGAUUUUCUUGGAUCAAAUGAACCAUUUCGAACGUUUGGUCGCGACCAAUGCCCGAGACGAGUACAUCGAGUAAACAGAAAAGAAUUAGAAAGAAAAAAAAAUGGAAAACACAGAAUUAACGUUCCUUUUUCAGUUUGGUUUGAUAAGGGAUACUGUAACUGUAGACGCUGGUAAUUUAACACUAAAAUCAUUAAAAGAUUUUGCAUGUGAUUUUAUAACCACUAAAUGUCCUGAUCAUGGGUUGAGUCUAUUGUUUGAAAGAGUGCUUCUUUUUAAACAUGAUUAUAACUGCGUCAACAUACUGCAGCUUAUUACGAAUACAACAGAAAUCACUGAUGAAACGUUAGUCGAAAUUGUCAUAUCAGGUCAAGUACCCAUCGAACAAAUAACCAUUCGCCCUCAUACAUUGUCUGUCCAUUCUUUUAAAACUCCAACAUUUUGUGACUUUUGUGGUGAAAUGUUGUUUGGUUUAGUACGUCAGGGUUUAAAAUGUGAAGGAUGUGGAAUGAAUUUUCAUAAAAGAUGUGUAGUAAAGGCUCCAAACAAUUGUUCUCAUGACAUUUGCCAGAGGAGACGAAGUUCAACGUUAUUAAGUGUACCAAGAUCACCAAGUCAAGGAUCCACAAGUAGUUUAAUAAGUGUUGGUGAUGAUAACCAUGGAAAUACUGCUAACACAAAUUCUAGCCAAAAUAAUAGUUCUUUGGCCAUACCCAGUAUUAUUACCCCAAAACAAUCUCGUUCACCAUCUCUCGGGGGAAGGCCAGCUUGGGUUGAAAAGGAAUUAGCUACUCGAGUUAAAAUACCUCAUACAUUUGUUGUACACAAUUAUACACGCCCAACAGUUUGUGGAUAUUGCAAAAAAUUAUUAAAAGGUUUAUUUAAGCAAGGUUUGCAGUGCAAAGAUUGUCAUUAUAAUGCACAUAAAAAAUGUAUUGAAAAAAUACCAAAAGACUGCACUGGAGAAAGUCCCAUUGACUCAGCAGGUAAUGAAUAUCUUGAUAGUGGGGUUGGUAGUGAAGCUGAGGGAAAAAAUGAAACAGAUAGUAAAAAUGAAGGAGAUAAUGAUAGUGAUGAUGAUUCCCCACCUACUACUUAUCAUCAAUUUUCAAGAGAUAAUAGUAAAAUAAAUGGCGAGUGUAUGUAUCAGUUAUCUAAUCAAGACGUUGCUAAAGAUGAAAUUGAUAAAUGUAAACCGGCAAGUUCAACCCUCAGUAACAACAUUCCAUUGAUGAGAGUAGUGCAGAGUGUUAAACAUACUAAAAAAAGAGGAUCGAAAAUAUUAAAAGAAGGUUGGAUGAUUCAUUUUACUAAUCAUGAUCCUGUAAGUAAAAAACAUUACUGGAGGCUAGACACAAAAGCAAUAACUCUAUUUCAAAGCGAUAUCGGACCUAAAUAUUACAAAGAAAUUCCUCUAACCGAUAUUCUGGAUAUUGAAACAGCCAAAAAAAUUCAAAAUGAUUCAAACACAAUGCAUUGUUUCGAACUGAAAACCGCUAAUUUAAAUUAUUAUGUUGGGGGGGCUUCAUCGUAUGGUCAGCAAGUACCAUGUCCUGAAAGUGGAAUUGGUGCUCAUGUAGCUCAAUCAUGGGAAAAAGCAAUUCGUCAAGCUUUAAUGCCUGUCACGAGUGCACCAUCAGGCCAAAAUUCAGAUUCAUUAGAACCAGAAGAAAACGUUACUGAUUUAGGACAAUUGUAUCAAAUUUACGCUGAUGAAAUCUUGGGUUCUGGACAAUUUGGUAUUGUUUAUGGUGGAAUACAUCGAAGAAGCUUGCGUCCCGUUGCUAUUAAAGUAAUUGAUAAAUUACGUUUUUCGACUAAACAAGAGGCUCAAUUGAAAAACGAAGUAUCAAUUUUACAAAAUAUAUCUUAUGAAGGAGUAGUUAAUUUAGAGCGUAUGUUCGAAACAACAGGAAGAAUUUUUGUCAUCAUGGAAAAAUUAAAAGGAGAUAUGUUAGAAAUGAUUCUUAGCUCAGAGAAAGGAAGGCUUAAUGAAAGAAUCACAAAAUUUUUGAUUACACAAAUUUUAAUAGCAUUGAAGUAUUUACAUAGCAACAAUAUUGUACAUUGUGAUUUAAAACCUGAAAAUGUCUUAUUAAGUAGUAAUGAAGAGUUCCCCCAAGUUAAAUUAUGCGAUUUCGGUUUUGCUAGAAUCAUCGGAGAAAAGAGUUUUCGCAGAAGUGUCGUCGGAACACCUGCUUACUUAGCUCCUGAAGUAUUGAGAAAUAAAGGCUAUAAUCGUUCUUUGGAUAUGUGGAGCGUAGGCGUAAUCAUAUAUGUAUCGUUAAGCGGAACAUUUCCUUUCAACGAAGAUGAAGACAUCAAUGAACAAAUUCAAAAUGCUGCCUUUAUGUAUCCAACUAACAUUUGGAAAGAUAUUUCAUCAUCUGCCAUCGAUCUAAUAAAUAAUCUUCUCCAAGUUAAGCAAAGAAAACGAUAUUCUGUUGAUAAAAGUUUGAUGCAUAUUUGGUUACAAGAUUAUCAAACAUGGUGUGAUUUAAGAACUUUAGAGAAUACUUUAAGGGUUCGCUAUUUGACUCACGAGAGUGAUGAUGCUCGUUGGGAACUUUACCGUACAAGAAAUACUGAUAAUAAUGAAAGCCAAGAAGUCAAAGAGUCAGCCGAAAUCGCCUGACACACUGAAUUAUCCGAUUCAUGUACUGAUGCAUUAAUCGAACUUGUUAUAACUAAAUCUUGACUAUGGGCUGCACUAGAAGCUUUUGUAGGUUUGUUCGCGCUUAAUUAAUAAAACUCGAACUAACUUUUUUAAGUUUUAAUCAUAUAAUCCAGUUGUAGAUUGAGUAUUAAAUUCAGGAUCUGAUUAUCAUCUAGUUUUAUAGUAAUUUUCAAACGAAAAACUAAUUAAGUAUUGAAAAUUACUCGCAUUUUUUAAUCGUCUUCGAUACUUAAUGAUAGCUUUACACAUGUUACUCAAAGUUGCACACAUUACAAUCAUUUUGGGUUAAUAUAAAGAAAAUAAGAUUGCAUGCUUAAUUUGAAUCUUGAACAAGAUUUGACUAUUUAAGAUCUUUUAUUUAAUUUUUAAUCAUAUGCUUUUAUAUUGUCUCAAAAAAAAAAACAAAUAAUUUCACUAAUAAUAAUAAA